UCCAACCCACAUCACCCAGCUCCAACCCACAUCACCCAGGUCCAACCCACAUCACCCAGCUCCAACCCACAUCACCCAGCUCCAACCCACAUCACCCAGGUCAAACCCACAUCACCCAGCUCCAACCCACAUCACCCAGCUCCAACCCACAUCACCCAGGUCCAACCCACAUCACCCAGGUCCAACCCACAUCACCCAGCUCCAACCCACAUCACCCAGCUCCAACCCACAUCACCCAGCUCCAAACCCACAUCACCCAGCUCCAACCCCACAUCACCCAGCUCCAACCCACAUCACCCAGGUCCAACCCACAUCACCCAGCUCCAACCCACAUCACCCAGCUCCAACCCACAUCACCCAGGUCCAAACCCACAUCACCCAGCUCCAACCCACAUCACCCAGCUCCAACCCACAUCACCCAGCUCCAAACCCACAUCACCCAGCUCCAACCCACAUCACCCAGCUCCAACCCACAUCACCCAGCUCCAACCCAAUCACCCAGCUCCAACCCACAUCACCCAGCUCCAACCCACAUCACCCAGCUCCAACCCACAUCACCCAGGUCCAACCCACAUCACCCAGCUCCAACCCACAUCACCCAGCUCCAACCCACAUCACCCAGGUCAAACCCACAUCACCCAGCUCCAACCCACAUCACCCAGCUCCAACCCACAUCACCCAGGUCCAACCCACAUCACCCAGGUCCAACCCACAUCACCCAGCUCCAACCCACAUCACUCAGCUCCAACCCACAUCACCCAGGUCCAACCCACAUCACCCAGCUCCAACCCACAUCACCCAGCUCCAACCCACAUCACCCAGGUCCAACCCACAUCACCCAGCUCCAACCCACAUCACCCAGCUCCAACCCACAUCACCCAGCUCCAACCCACAUCACCCAGCUCCAACCCACAUCACCCAGGUCCAACGCACAUCACCCAGCUCCAACCCAGAUGCCUACCUCUAUGUACCUUGCUUAGCUUUGGAAGCAAUCUGUGUUCGAGUCAGCUGAGCUAUCAUGUCAACUAAUUUAGACAUGGAUUGUCUGUUGGCUAGGGAUACUCCCACACAGUGCUUUUAACAAAGUGUUUUCAACUUCCAAAUUUGACAUACUUGAUUACAUUGUGGAUGUUCAUUUAUACAGUAAUUAUUAUUCAACAUGUCGUCACCUGGGAUUGGAACUGAAAACAACCUCUUGGUUCACAGCAUUCAGAUGUUCCUGCUACACCACCAUGUCUGUCAGACUAUACUCUCAUCAUUGAUUUGAUCAACUUAUUUCAACAAUUGAAGGGCUUUCUGUAUAGCUGUCUAAUGUUGGUGGGGCAUGUUAACCUGUUUUAAUGAUCAAUAAAAUAUUUUCUUGAGUGUACUUUUAACAGAGCUGAGACUGACUUCAAAGUGCAUUCAUCCUAUUGCUUACACCUAUCAAGUUGUUUCAGAUCUUAGGGAGGAGGGGUUAGGGUUUCUUCUGGACAGGGUUCUAAGCACAUGUCCUAGAGAUAUCCUUUAUUGGGACAGUGGUUAGAGUGUUUGUUGUUGGGGUUGGUGGCCCGGGUUAAAGACCUGCUAGAGAAUCAGCCUGUCCCAAUCAGCCUACUCUCACAUCAAUAUAUCUGAUCUAAUUCAAAUAUGUUUAUCAUUGAAAGAUGGGAAUCGGUAGAAUUCUAGAUAUCUGAGUAUCUCCAAGAUAACUGUUGUCUUCUUGUUAUCCAUAUGUAGAACAAACAUUCAGUGCCUUCGGAAAGUAUUCAGACCCUUUUACUUUUUCCACAUUUUGUUACGUUACAGCCUUAUUCUAAAAUGGAUUAAAUCGUUUUUUACCCUCAUCAAUCUACACACAAUACCCCAUAAUGACCCAAUACCCCAUAAUGACCCAAUACCCCAUAAUGACCCAAUACCCCAUAAUGACCCAAUACCCCAUAAUGACCCAACACCCCAUAAUGACCCAAUACCCCAUAAUGACCCAAUACCCCAUAAUGACCCAAUACCCCAUAAUGACCCAAUACCCCAUAAUGACCCAAUACCCCAUAAUGACCCAACACCCCAUAAUGACCCAAUACCCCAUAAUGACCCAAUACCCCAUAAUGACCCAAUACCCCAUAAUGACCCAAUACCCCAUAAUGACCCAAUACCCCAUAAUGACCCAAUACCCCAUAAUGACCCAAACCCCAUAAUGACCCAAUACCCCAUAAUGACCCAAUGCCCCAUAUUGACCCAAUACCCCAUAAUGACCCAAUGCCCCAUAAUGACCCAAUGCCCCAUAUUGACCCAAUACCCCAUAAUGACCCAAUACCCCAUAAUGACCCAAUACCCCAUAAUGACCCAAUACCCCAUAAUGACCCAAUACCCCAUAAUGACCCAAUACCCCAUAAUGACCCAAUACCCCAUAAUGACCCAAUACCCCAUAAUGACCCAAUACCCCAUAAUGACCCAAUACCCCAUAAUGACACAAUACCCCAUAAUGACCCAAUACCCCAUAAUGACCCAAUACCCCAUAAUGACCCAAUACCCCAUAUUGACCCAAUACCCCAUAAUGACCCAAUACCCCAUAAUGACACAAUACCCCAUAAUGACCCAAUACCCCAUAAUGACCCAAUACCCCAUAAUGACCCAAUACCCCAUAAUGACCCAAUACCCCAUAAUGACCCAAUACCCCAUAAUGACACAAUACCCCAUAUUGACCCAAUACCCCAUAAUGACCCAAUACCCCAUAAUGACAAAGCAAAAACUGGUUUUUAGAAAUUUUAGCAAAUGCAUUAGAAACAAAGAACGGAAGUAUUCAGACCCUUUACUCAGUACUUUGUUGAAGCACCUUUGGCAGCGUUUACAGCCUCGAGUCUUCUUGGGUAUGACGCUACAAGCUUGGCACACCUCUAUUUGGGGAGUUUCUCCCAUUUUUCUCUGCAGAUCCUCUCAAACUCUGUCAGGUUGGAUGGGGAGCGUCGCUGCACAGCUAUUUUCAGGUCUCUCCAGAGAUGUUAGAUCGGGUUCAAGUCCAGCCUCUGGCUGGGCCACUCAAGGACAUUCAGAGACUUGAUACGAAGCCAACCCUGCGUUGUCUUGGCUGUGUGCUUAGGGUCGUUGUCCUGUUGGAAGGUGAACCUUCGCCCCAGUCUGAGGUCCUGAGCGCUCUGGAGCAGGUUUUCAUAAAGGAUCUCUCUGUACUUUGCGCCGUUCAUCUUUGCCUUGAUCCUGACUAGUCUCCCAGUCCCUGACGCUGCAAAAAACAUCUCCACAGCAUGAUGCUGCCACCACCAUGCUUCACCGUAGGGAUGGUGCCAGGUUUCCUCCAGACGUAACGCUUGGCAUUCUGGCCAAAGAGUACAAUCUUGGUUUCAUCAGACCAGAGAAUCUUGUUUCUCAUGGUCUGAGAGUCUUUAGCAAGCUCCAAGCCUUUUACUGAGGAGUGGCUUCCGUCUGGCUACUCUACCAUAAAGGCCUGAUUGGAGGAGUGCUGCAGAGAUGGUUGUCCUUCUUGAAGUUUCUUCCAUCUCCACAGAGAAACUCUAGAGCUCUGUCAGAGUGACCAUCGGGUUCUUGGUCACCUCCCUGACCAAGGCCCUUCUCCCCCGAUUGCUCAGUUUGGCCGGGCGGCCAGCUCUUCUUCCAUUUAAGAAUGAUGGAGGCCACUGUGUUCUUGGGGACCUUCAAUGCGGCAGACAUUUUUUGGUACCCUUCCCCAGAUCUGUGCCUCGACACAAUCCUGUCUCGGAGCUCUACGGACAAUUCCUUCGACCUCGUGGCUUGGUUUUUGCUCUGACAUGCACUGUCAACUGUGGGACCUUAUAUAGACAGGUGUGUGCCUUGCCAAAUCUUGAAUUUCCCACAGGUGGACUCCAAUCAAGUUGUAGCAACAUCUCAAGGAUGAUCAAUGGAAAAAGGAUGCACCUAAGCUAAAUUUCGAGUCUCAUAGCAAAGGGUCUGAAUACAUAUGUAAAUAAUGUAUCUGUUUUUAAUUUUUAAUACAUUUGCAAAAAUAAAAAAAUGUUUUCACUUUGUCAUUAUGGGGUAUUGUGUGUAGAUUGAUGAGGAUUUGUAUUUAUUUAAUCCAUUUUAGAAUAAGGCUGUAACGUAACAAAAUGUGGAAAAAGUGAAGGGGUCUGAAUACUUUCUGAAGGUGGUGGUGGUGCUUCUGAUAGAAACAUACUCAGAUCAUGGUGGCCAUUUUCUCAGAGAUUUAAAGUAACAUGUCUGUAUUUUCUCACGUGUCAUUUAAGCAAUGAUGAUGCCAGUUAUACCAAAUCAAUACACAACACAGAGUCUCCAAGUUGUAAUGUGGAAAAACAGACACAGCAACAGAACCAGUUGGGACCAGUGUUUGGGGUAAUAAUUACUUACAGUAAUAGAUUACCUUUAUGAGGAACGGAGUAAUAUAAUGAGUUACUGUCUUCAAAUAUUGUAAUAUUACAGUUACUUGUUCAACUAACCUGUAUAUUACUUUCAGAAGCACAUCUCUUCCAGCGUGUUAUAUUCAGCGCCUUCAGAAAGGAUUCACACCCCUUGACUUUUUCCUCAUUCUGUUGCGUUAAAGCCUGAAUUUAAAAUGAGUGAAAUUGAGAUUUUGUGUCACUGUUCUACACACAAUACCCCAUAAUGUCAAAGUGGAAUUAUGUUUUUCUAAAUGUUUACAAAUUAAUACAAAAUGAAAAGCUGAAAUGUCUUGAGUCAACACUGCAAAAAAUGUGGCAAAGCAAUAUGUAAUGUUUGGGGCAAAUCCAAUACAACAGCACGUCACUGAGUACCACUCUCCAUAUUUUCAAGCAUGGUAGUGGCUGCAUCGUGUUAUGGGUAUGCUUGAUAAGGACAGGAGUUUUUCAGGAUAAAAAAGAAACAAUGGAGCUAAGCACAGAUUCCCAGAGGAAAUCCUGGUUCAGUCUGCUUUCCACCAGACACUGGAAGAUGAGUUCACAUUUCAGCAGGACAUUAACCUAAAACACAAGGCUUACCAAGAAGACAGUGAAUGUUCCUGAGUGGCCGAGUUACAGUUUUGACUUAAAUCUACGGCAAGACCUGAAAAUGGUUGUCUAGCAAUGAUCAACAACCAAUUUGACAGAGCUUGAAGAAUUUUGAAAAGAAUAAUGGGCAAAUGUUUCACAAUCCAGGUGGGGAAACCUCUUAAAGACUCACAGCUGUAAUCGCUGCCAAAGGUGCUUCUACAAAGUAUUGACUUAGGGGUAUGAAUACUUAUGUAAAUGAGAUAUUUCUGUAUUUUAUUUUCAAUACAUUUGCUAACAUUUCUAAAAACAUGUUUUCACUUUGUCAUUAUGGGGUAUUGUGUGUAGAUGGGUAAAAAUAAUCUAUUUAAUCCAUUUUUAAUUCAGGCUGGAACAAAAUGUGGAAUAAUUCAAGCGGUAUGAAUACUUUCUGAAGGCACUGUAUAUUUUUUACAGUCUUAUGCUAACGGAAUUCAUGCUGUAGGCUAACUCGUUUCCGAUAGGCUAUCGUAAAGCCUAAAAUCAAAGAAAGAUGGCAGCUGUCUUACCCUGCUUAACCUUUUCUUUGUGGAAAUGCUCCCAUUGUUUUGAGUUAAUUGAGGAGAAAGAGAACAACAUUUUAGUCAAAUGCAAACUCUGCAGCAUUGAUCUCUUGGUCUAGAAAUACCACAUCAACCCUGAAGACGCAUCUGGAGGUCAUGCACAAAGGCAGCAUUGCUCUAUUGGUCCAGAAACACCACAUCAAACCUGAAAAAACAUCUGGAGGUCAAAGACACAAAGCACUCUAGCAGGUCUUUAACCCGGCGAGUAGGCUGAUUCUCUAGCAGGUCUUUAACCCGGGCCACCAACCCCAACAACAAACACUCUAACCACUGUCCCAAUAAAGGAUAUCUCUAGGACAUGUGCUUAGAACCCUGUCCAGAAGAAACCCUAACCCCUCCUCCCUAAGAUCUGAAACGACUUGAUAGGUGUAAGCAAUAGGAUGAAUGCACUUUGAAGUCAGUCUCAGCUCUGUUAAAAGUACACUCAAGAAAAUAUUUUAUUGAUCAUUAAAACAGGUUAACAUGCCCCACCAACAUUAGACAUCUAUACAGAAAGCCCUUCAAUUGUUGAAAUAAGUUGAUCAAAUCAAUGAUGAGAAUAGUUUGAUACCUGAAACGGACAUCGGAGUACCGUGAACCAAGAGGUUGGGAGUUCAAAUCCCAGGUGAGGACAUGUUGAAUAAUAAUGAAUGUAUAAAUGAACAUUCAUAAUGUAAAUACACUAUGUUAAAAGCACUGUGUGUGAGUAUCCCUAACCUUGCCAACAGACAAAGAGCUAUGAAUGAAUCAGUGGUUCCCCAAUAAGGGCCUUGAUUGGCUCGGUAAUGUGAUGUGUAAUGAUUUUUUCUUUGGACACAAAUGUUCUUGCAACAUUCUCAUGAAACAUGUCUAGAAAAUUAAUAUAUUAGGUUCUGAGAACAUUCUAACUACGUUCUGGAUAAGUUCUACUUGAUAUUAAGGAAAUGGUCUCUUGAAAACAUCACGUGAACAUUCAUCUGAAAACAUUAGUUAAUGAGACUCUUAAGGGAAAGUUCUCUAAAGUUGUGGGAAUGUUUGUUGUUAGCUGGGGUUGGGUUUAUGUAGGCUACAUUGACAUCUGAUUUUGCCAAAGGACAACGCAAUUUCAACGUGAAGCUAGGUAUACUAUCAUUCAUCCAUGGUUGAUUGGAUCUUUGGAAGGUUAUAAGUAGCCCUAUAAAUAGAACGCCAAAGUCAUGAUAUUAAUAACACACUUUUACCUUUGGAUAUUGUCUUUUAUAUAUGUUAUUAAUAAUACAUACACACAUACAUACAGUGGGGAGAACAAGUAUUUGAUACACUGCUGAUUUUGCAGGUUUUCCUAUUACAAAGCAUGUAGAGGUCUGUAAUUUUUAUCAUAGGUACACUUCCACUGUGAGAGACGGAAUCUAAAACAAAAAUCCAGAAAAUCACAUUUUAUGAUUUUUAAGUUAUUAAUUUGCAUUUUAUUGCAUGACAUAAGUAUUUGAAUCAUUCAAAUGUUCAUUGGCAAACGUCAGACGGGCCUGUAUAUGUGCUUUCUUGAGCAGGGGGACCUUGCGGGCGCUGCAGGAUUUCAGUCCUUCACGGCGUAGUGUGUUACCAAUUGUUUUCUUGGUGACUGAGCCAAUCAGUUGUGUUGUGACAAGGUAGGGGGGGUAUACAGAAGAUAGCCCUAUUUGGUAAAAGACCAAGUCCAUAUUAUGGCAAGAACAGCUCAAAUAAGCAAAGAGAAACGACAGUCCGUCAUUACUUUAAGACAUGGUCAGUCAAUACGGAACAUUUAAAGAACUUUGAAAGUUUCUUUAAGUGCAGUCGCAAAAACCAUCAAUCGCUAUGAUGAAACUGGCUCUCAUGAGGACCGCCACAGGAAUGGAAGACCCAGAGUUACCUCUGCUGCAGAGGAUAAGUUCAUUAGACUUACCAGCCUCAGAAAUUGCAGCCCAAAUAAAUGCUUCAGAGUUCAAGUAACAGACACAUCUCAACAUCAACUGUUCAGAGGAGACUGUGUGAAUCAGGCCUUCAUGGUCGAAUUGCUGCAAAGAAACCACUACUAAAGGACACCAAUAAGAAGAAGACACCUGCUUGGGCCAAGAAACACGACCAAUGGACAUUAGACCGGUGGAAAUGUGUACUUUGGUCUGGAGUCCAAAUUGGAGAUUUUUGGUUCCACCCACAGUGUCUUUGUGAGACAUGGUGUGGGUGAACGGAUGAUCUCCUAUUGUGUAGUUCCCACCGUAAAGCAUGGAGGAGGAGGUGUUAUGGUGUGGGGGUGCUUUGCUGGUGACACUGUCUAUUAUUUAUUUAGAAUUCAAGGUACACUUAACCAGCAUGGCUACCACAGCAUUCUGCAGCGAUACACCGUCCCAUCUGGUUUGGGCUUAGUGGGACUAUCAUUUGUUUUUCAACAGGACAAUGACCCAACACACCUCCAGGCUGUGUAAGGGCUAUUUUACCAAGAAGGAGAGUGAUGGAGUGCUGCAUCAGAUGACCUGGCCUCCACAAUCCCCCGACCUCAACCAAAUUGAGAUGUUUUGGGAUAAGUCGGACGGCAAAGUGAAGGAAAGUGCUCAGCAUAUGUGGGUGAAGCUUGUUGAGAUAAUGCCAAGAGUGUGCAAAACUGUCAUCAAGGCAAAGGGUGGCUACUUUGAAGAAUCUCAAAUAUAUAAUAUAUUUUGAUUUGUUUUAACAAUUUUUUGGUUACUACAUGAUUACAUAUGUGUUAUUUCAUAGUUUUGAUGUCUUCAGUAUUAUUCUACAAUAUAGAAAAUAGUAAAAAAUUAAGAAAAACCCUUGAAUGAGUAGGUGUGUCCAAACUUUUGACUGGUACUGUAUCUGAGGAAGGGUAUAAAACCAUUUCUAAAGUGUUGAAAGUUUCCAAGAGCCCAGUGGUCUUCAUCAUUGGGAAAUAAUAUGGAACUACCCAGACUCUGCCUAGAGCUGGCCGUCCGACCAAACUGAUCAACCGGGCAAGAAGGACCUUGGUCAGGGAGGUGACCAAGAACCCAAUGACCAAUGACCACUCUGACAGAGCUACAGCGCUACACCAAUCUGGGCUUCAUGGGAGAGAGGCCAGACGGAAGCCACUCGUGAGAAAAAGGCACAUGACAGCACGCCUGGAGUUUGCAAAAAGGCACAUGAAAGACUCAAAAUAUGGUGUUUUGAUGAGACAAAAAUGUAACUCUUUGGCCUGAAUGUAAAGCGCUAUGUCUGGAGAAAACCAGGCACAGCUCAUCACCCGUCUAACACCAUCCCUACUGUGAAGCAUGGUGGUGGCAGCAUCAUGCUAUGGGGAUGCUUUCAGCAGCAGGGACUGGCAGACUGGUAAGGGGAUGCUUUCAGCAGCAGGGACUGGUAGACUGGUAAGGGGAUGCUUUCAGCAGCAGGGACUGGGAGACUGGUAAGGAUAGAGGGAACAAUGAAUGGAGACAAAUACAGACAAAUCCUUGAUGAGAACCUGCUUCAGAGUGCAAACGAACUUAGACUGGGGUGAAGAUUUACGUUUCAACAGGACAAUGACCCCAAGCAUACAGCCAAAGCAAUGCUGGAAUGGCUUCAGAACAAGAAUGUAAAAGUCCUUGAGUGACACAGCCAAAGCCCUGGCUUGAAUCCCAUUGAAAAUAUGUGGAAAGACUUGAAGAUUGCUGUUCACUGCCGCUUCCCAUCUAACUUAACAGAGGUUGAGAAAACCUACAAGGGAGAAUGGGAAAAAAUCCCCAAAUCCAGAUGUGCAAAGCUGAUACAGACAUACCCAAGACUACUCAAAUCUGUAAUCGCUGCCAAAGGUAUUGACUCAGGGGUGUGGAUACUUAUGUAAAUCAAAUAUUUCUUUAUUUCCUUUUCAGUAAAUUUGCCAACAUUUCUGAAAACAUUUUUUCACUUUGUCAUAAUGAGGUAUUGUGUGUAGAUGGGUGGUAUUUGGUAUAUUUGGUAUGUCCGGUACCAUUUGUUUCAGCAGCUGUGUUGACUAGUGUCACAGUACCGUUCUUCAGAGCAAAACAGAGAUGAUAUGUUACUACGACUAGGCUGUCAUACUGCUGUAGCCUGUAGGCAUACUGUUACAGUCUAAAGACAAUGGGAUCUAAUCCUCUCUGUAUCUCUGUCCCUCCAACCAAUGGGAUCUAAUCCUCUCUGUCUCUUUGUCCCUCCAACCAAUGGGAUCUAACCCUGUGUCUCUGUCCCUCCAACCAAUGGGAUCUAACCCUGUGUCUCUGUCUCUCCAACCAAUUUGAUCUAACCCUGUGUGUCCCUCCAGCCAAUGGGAUCUAACCCUCUUUGUCUCUUUGUCCGUCCAGCCCAUGGGAUCAGAGCAUAUGGAGAUGCGAAAGCGGCAGAUGUCGGUGCAGCAGGAGUCGAUGGCGGGAGGCACGGAACUGACCCAGCAGGACCCUAACCAGAGCCAGAACCAGGGGAACCAGAGCCAGGUGAACCAGAGCCAGGUGAACCAGAACCAGGUGAACCAGAGCCAGGUGAACCAGAACCAGGGGAACCAGAGCCAGGUGAACCAGAGAGGGAACAACGCCUGUUGCUUCUGCUGGUGCUGCUGCUGCAGCUGUUCCUGGUACGAACAGUAUGGAUUCAUCCCAAAUGGCAUCCUAUUCCCUAUAUAGUGCACUACUUUUGAUCAAAACCCUAUGGGAAAUAGGGUGCCAUUUGGGAAGCACACUCUGUCAUGCACUUCUAGUAGUGUAUCACACACCCAGCAUGGCUCCACACUGCACCCUUCAUCUACACAGCACCCUACAUCUACACAGAACAUCACCCAUUCUACACAGCACCCUACAGUACAUCACCCUUCAUCUACACAGCACCCUACAGUACAUCACCCUACAUCUACACAGCACCCUACAGUACAUCACCCUUCAUCUACACAGCACCCUACAGUACAUCACCCUUCAUCUACACAGCACCCUACAGUACAUCACCCUACAUCUACACAGCACCCUACAAUACAUCACCCUUCAUCUACACAGCACCCAACAGUACAUCACCCUACAUCUACACAGCACCCUACAGUACAUCACCCUACAUCUACACAGCACCCAACAGUACAUCACCCUACAUCUACACAGCACCCCAUAUCUACACAGCACCCUACAGUACAUCACCCUUCAUCUACACAGCACCCAACAGUACAUCACCCUACAUCUACACAGCAACCUACAUCUACACAGCACCCUAUAUAUAUACAGCACCCUACAGUACAUCACCCUACAUCUACACAGCACCCUAAAUCUACACAGCACCCUACAGUACAUCACCCUACAUCUACACAGCACCCUAUAUAUAUACAGCACCCUACAAUACAUCACCCUUCAUCUACACAUCAUCCUAUAGUACAUCAACCUUCAUCUACACAGAACCUUACAGUACAUAACCCUACAUCUACACAGAACCUUACAGUACAUCACCCUACAUCUACACAGCACCCUUCAUCUACACAGCACCCUACAUCUACACAGCACCCUACAAUACAUCACCCUUCAUCUACACAGUACCACACAUCUACAAAGCACCCUUAUUUUACACAGCACCCUACAGUACAUCACCCUACAUCUACACAGCACCCUACAUCUACACAGAACAUCACCAUUCUACACAGCACCCUACAGUACAUCACCCUUCAUCUACACAGCACCCUACAGUACAUCACCCUACAUCUACACAGCACCCUACAUCUACACAGCACCCUACAGUACAUCACCAUUCAUCUACACAGCACCCUACAUCUACACAGCACCCUACAGUACAUCACCCUUCAUCUACACAGCACCCUACAGUACAUCACCCUUCAUCUACACAGCACCCUACAUCUAUACAGCACCCAACAGUACAUCACCCUACAUCUACACAGCACCCUACAUCUACACAGCACCCUACAGUACAUCACCCUACAUCUACACAGCACCCUAUAUAUAUACAGCACCCUACAAUACAUCACCCUUCAUCUACACAUCAUCCUAUAGUACAUCAACCUUCAUCUACACAGAACCUUACAGUACAUCACCCUACAUCUACACAGAACCUUACAGUACAUCACCCUACAUCUACACAGCACCCUUCAUCUACACAGCACCCUACAUCUACACAGCACCCUACAAUACAUCACCCUUCAUCUACACAGUACCACACAUCUACACAGCACCCUUAUUUUACACAGCACCCUACAGUACAUCACCCUACAUCUACACAGCACCCUACAUCUACACAGAACAUCACCAUUCUACACAGCACCCUACAGUACAUCACCCUUCAUCUACACAGCACCCUACAGUACAUCACCCUACAUCUACACAGCACCCUACAUCUACACAGCACCCUACAGUACAUCACCAUUCAUCUACACAGCACCCUACAUCUACACAGCACCCUAAAAUACAUCACCCUUCAUCUACACAGCACCCUACAUCUACACAGCACCCUACAGUACAUCACCCUUCAUCUACACAGCACCCUACAGUACAUAAUAAUAAAUAAUAAUAAUAUGCCAUUUAGCAGACGCUUUUAUCCAAAGCGACUUACAGUCAUGCGUGCAUACAUUUUUGUGUAUGGGUGGUCCCGGGGAUCGAACCCACUACCUUGGCGUUACAAGCGCCGUGCUCUACCAACUGAGCUACAGAGGACCACAACUGAGCUACAUCACCCUUCAUCUACACAGCACCCUACAUAUACACAGCACCCUACAUCUACACAGCACCCUACAUCUACACAGAACAUCACCAUUCUACACAGCACCCUACAGUACAUCACCCAUCGUCUACACAGCACCCUACAGUACGUCACCCAUCAUCUACACAGCACCCAACAGCACCCAACAGUACAUUACCCUACAUCUACACAGCAACCUACAUCUACACAGCACCCCACAUCUAUACAGCACCCUACAGUAAAUCACCUUUCAUCGAAACAGCACCCUACAGUACAUCACCCUACAUCUACACAGCACCCUACAUCUACACAGCACCCUACAGUAAAUCACCUUUCAUCGAAACAGUACCCUACAGUACAUCACAAUACAUAUACACAGCACCCUACAUCUACACAGCACCCUACAGUAAAUCACCUUUCAUCGAAACAGCACCAUACAGUACAUCACCCUUCAUCUACACAGCACCCUACAGUACAUCACCCUUCAUCUACACAGCACCCUACAUCUACACAGCACCCUACAGUACAUCACCCUUCAUCUACACAGCACCCUGCAUCUACACAGCACCCUACAGUACAUCACCCUUCAUCUACACAGCACCCUACAUCUACACAGCACCCUACAGUACAUCACCCUUCAUCUACCCAGCACCCUUCAUCUACACAGCACCCUACAUUACAUCACACUUCAUCUACACAGCACCCUACAGUACAUCACCCUUUAUCUACAAAGCACCCUAGAGUAAAUCAUCCUUCAUUUACACAGCACCCUUCAUCUACCCAGCACCCUUCAUCUACACAGCACCCUUCAUCUACACAGCACCCUACAUCUACACAGCAGCCUUCAUCCACACAGCACCCUACAUCUACAGAGCACCCUACAUCUACACAGCAGCCUUCAUCCACACAGCACCCUACAUCUACACAGCAGCGUUCAUCUACACAGCACCCUAAAUCUACACAGCACCCUACAUCUACACAGCAGCCUUCAUCCACACAGCACCCUACAUCUACACAGCAGCGUUCAUCUACACAGCACCCUACAUCUACACAGCACCCUACAUCUACACAGCAGCCUUCAUUCACACAGCACCCUACAUCUACACAGCAGCCUUCAUCCACACAGCACCCUACAUCUACACAGCAGCGUUCAUCUACACAGCACCCUUCAUCUACACAGCAGCCUUCAUCCACACAGCAACCUACAGUACAUCACCUUUCAUCUACACAGCACCCUACAGUAAAUCAUCCUUCAUAUACACAGCACCCUACAGUACAUCACCCUUCAUCUACACAGCACCCUUCAUCUACACAGCACCCUACAUUACAUCACCCUUCAUCUACACAGCACCCUACAUGACAUCACCCUUCAUCUACACAGCACCCUUCAUCUACACAGCACCCUACAGUAAAUCAUCCUUCAUUUACACAGCACCCUUCAUCUACACAGCACUCUACAUCUACACAGCAGCCUUCAUCCACACAGCACCCUACAUCUACACAGCACCCUACAUCUACACAGCAGCCUUCAUCCACACAGCACCCUACAUCUACACAGCACCCUACAUCUACACAGCAGCUUUCAUCUACACAGCACCCUACAUCUAGACAGCAGCCUUCAUCCACACAGCACCCUACAUCUACACAGCAGCGUUCAUCUACACAGCAGCCUUCAUCCACAUAGCACCCUACAUCUACACAGCACCCUACAUCUACACAGCAGCCUUCAUCUACACAGCACCCUACAGUAAAUCAUCCUUCAUUUACACAGCACCCUUCAUCUACACAGCAGCCUUCAUCCACACAGCACCCUACAUCUACACAGCACCCUACAUCUACACAGCAGCCUUCAUCUACACAGCACCCUACAGUAAAUCAUCCUUCAUCCACACAGCACCCUACAUCUACACAUCACCCUUCAUCUACACAGCACCCUACAGUACAUCACCCUUCAUCUACACAGCACCCUACAGUAAAUCAUCCUUCAUUUACACAGCACCCUUCAUCUACACAGCACUCUACAUCUACACAGCAGCCUUCAUCCACACAGCACCCUACAUCUACACAGCACCCUACAUCUACACAGCAGCCUUCAUCCACACAGCACCCUACAUCUACACAGCACCCUACAUCUACACAGCAGCUUUCAUCUACACAGCACCCUACAUCUAGACAGCAGCCUUCAUCCACACAGCACCCUACAUCUACACAGCAGCGUUCAUCUACACAGCAGCCUUCAUCCACACAGCACCCUACAUCUACACAGCAGCGUUCAUCCACACAGCACCCUUCAUCUACACAGCAGCCUUCAUCCACACAGCACCCUUCAUCUACACAGCACCCUACAUCUACACAGCAGCCUUCAUCUACACAGCACCCUACAGUAAAUCAUCCUUCAUCCACACAGCACCCUACAUCUACACAGCACCCUACAUCUACACAGCAGCCUUCAACCACACAGCACCCUACAUCUACACAGCAGCCUUCAUCUACACAGCACCCUACAGUAAACCAUCUUUCAUUUACACAGCACCCUACAUCUACACAGCACCCUACAUCUACACAGCAGCCUUAAUCCACACAGCACCCUACAUCUACACAGCACCCUACAGUACAUCACCCUUCAUCUACACAGCACCCUACAGUAAAUAAUCCUUCAUUUACACAGCACCCUUCAUCUACACAGCACCCUACAUCUACACAGCACCCUACAUUACAUCACCCUUCAUUUACACAGCACCCUACAUCUACACAGCAGCGUUCAUCUACACAGCAGCCUUCAUCCACACAGCAGCCUUCAUCCACACAGCACCCUACAUCUACACAGUUGACUUGAUGUGCUGAUUAUAGAGGUUGACAGGGCCAGUGAAGAGAUCUGUAACCUCCUGACUGGUGCACCAUUAUAUCUUCACUGCUAGAUCUAGAUCUGGUCUGAUCUCUGUCCUGUUGCUCGCCUGUCUCCUGUAGGAACGAGGAGCGUGAGGAGAGGAACCGGCGGGCGUCCUACGACCUCAAGGCUGAGGGAACGGCCGACUGCGAGGACAGGUUAGCCACUGCAGCAUCCCUGUGUAGCCCAGCACAUUGGAUAACUGAUCAAGGGCUUAAUGGUUAGCUGCAUUAGCACAUUGGAUAACUGAUCAAGGGCUUAAUGGUUAGCUGCAUUUGCACAUUGGAUAACUGAUCAAGGGCUUAAUGGUUAGCUGCAUUAGCACAUUGGAUAACUGAUCAAGGGCUUAAUGGUUAGCUGCAUUAGCACAUUGGAUAAUUGAUCAAGGGCUAAAUGGUUAGCUGCAUUAGCACAUUGGAUAACUGAUCAAGGGCUUAAUGGUUAGCUGCAUUAGCACAUUGGAUAACUGAUCAAGGGCUUAAUGGUUAGCUGCAUUAGCACAUUGGAUAACUGAUCAAGGGCUUAAUGGUUAGCUGCAUUAGCACAUUGGAUAACUGAUCAAGGGCUUAAUGGUUAGCUGCAUUAGCACAUUGGAUAACUGAUCAAGGGCUUAAUGGUUAGCUGCAUUAGCACAUUGGAUAACUGAUCAAGGGCUUAAUGGUUAGCUGCAUUAGCACAUUGGAUAACUGAUCAAGGGCUUAAUGGUUAGCUGCAUUAGCACAUUGGAUAACUGAUCAAGGGCUUAAUGGUUAGCUGCAUUAGCACAUUGGAUAACUAAUCAAGGGCUUAAUGGUUAGCUGCAUUAGCACAUUGGAUAACUGAUCAAGGGCUUAAUGGUUAGCUGCAUUAGCACAUUGGAUAACUGAUCAAGGGCUUAAUGGUUAGCUGCAUUAGCACAUUGGAUAACUGAUCAAGGGCUUAAUGGUUAGCUGCAUUAGCACAUUGGAUAACUGAUCAAGGGCUUAAUGGUUAGCUGCAUUAGCACAUUGGAUAACUGAUCAAGGGCUUAAUGGUUAGCUCUGUGUUAGUGUCAUAGCUGGCGUUGGUGAAACAGUGUCAGCCCCUGGACGUCCAGUGUGUUAGUGUCAUAGCUGUCAGCCCCUGUCUUGUGCCUGCUGUUGUUCUCUGAUUGGUGUGUUCUCUGCAGGCCCCCGCCCACUCUGGAGGAGGUCCGUUCCUGGGCCCAGUCGUUUGACCGGCUGAUGUCGUGCGCUGCGGGCCGAGUGGCGUUUAGGCUGUUCCUGUGUACGGAGUUUAGUGAGGAGAACAUGUUGUUCUGGCUAGCUUGUGAGGAGUUCACCAAGGAAACCAACAAGACCUCCAUUGAGGAGAAGGCACGGGUCAUCUACGAGGAUUACAUCUCCAUCCUCUCACCCAAAGAGGUGAGUAAGACUUCUCCUCCUCCUUCUUCAUGUGUUAUUAUAUGUAUCUACCUCAACUAGCCGGUGCCCCCGCACAUUGACUCUGCAACGGUACCCCCCUGUAUAUAUAGCCUCCCUACUGUUAUUUUAUUUUACUUCUGCUCUUUUUUUUCUCAACACUUUUUUUGUUGUUGUUUUAUUUUUACUUUUUUUGUUAAAAAUAAAUGCACUGUUGGUUAAGGGCUGUAAGUAAGCAUUUCACUGUGAUGUCUGCACCUGUUGUAUUCGGCGCAUGUGACCAAUAAAAUUUGAUUUGAUUUGAUGUAUCUAGUCUUAACUCUCCUUGCUGUGUUUCCCCCCAGGUGAGCCUGGACUCACGUGUUCGGGAGGUGAUCAA